AUGGCACCUGUACAGAAAAAGCAGCAGACUCUAUCUGCAUUUUUCAAGGUCCCCACACCCUUACCAACUCCCUCAAUCAGUCGCAGCCCACAGGAGCACAGCGAUGAGGAUGAGGAUGACGAUGUGGUCCAGCCCACUGCCAAAAGACGAAAAUUAGCAACGGCUACAGAAGAUCCAAGACCAAGCAGUUCGAACCUUGCCAAGGAUAGCGAAGUCAGUGACCGAACACUCAGGCCUGUUGUCGCAAACGGUCAGAAGAUUACACCGUCUGGCCCUACUACCGCAGACAGAACGGCAAGGUACAUCUUCUCCUCGUCCUUGCAGGAGAACCAAGGAGCCGAAGAUCCAAAUAGCCCCGAAAAGCAACGAAAAGAUGAAUUGCACCGCAGAUUUGUGAAGAAACUGGGUAAACCUGACAGCAUUGUUGAAAUCAAGAGACGCAAUCGGUAUUUAGAGGACAAUGUUGAAGAACAAGAGGAGGAAGGCGAUGAAGAACCCGUGGAAGAGACCCCAAAAGCCAGUGCUCGGGCAAAGGGUGGCAUAAAGAAAGGCGGCGCCAAACUUACGCCAAUGGAGAAGCAGGUCAUCGAGAUAAAACGGAAGCACAUGGAUACCGUCUUGGUGGUUGAGGUCGGCUACAAAUUUCGCUUCUUUGGGGAGGAUGCACGCAUUGCGGCUAAGGAGCUCAGCAUUGUCUGCAUCCCUGGCAAAUACCGUUUCGACGAACACCCAUCAGAGUCUCAUUUGGAUCGAUUUGCCUCGGCAAGUAUUCCGGUACAUCGACUUCAUGUUCAUGUCAAGCGUCUUGUUUCGGCGGGACACAAAGUUGGUGUCGUCCGUCAACUUGAAACAGCGGCUCUAAAGGCUGUUGGUGACAACAAAAACGCACCAUUUGUGCGCAAGCUUACGAAUCUCUACACCAAAGGUACUUAUAUCGACGACAUUGAAGGCCUCGAGGAAGAUGGAAGGGGAAGUUCAGCUCCACAGCCCCCUUCUACUGGCUACUUGCUCUGCAUGACAGAGGUCAAUGCCAAGGGUCAUGGCAAUGAUGAAAAGGUUCAUGUUGGACUUAUCGCCGUCCAACCCGCCACCGGAGAUAUUAUAUACGAUGACUUCGAGGAUGGUUUCAUGCGUAGCGAGAUCGAGACCCGGCUUCUUCACAUUGCACCUUGCGAAUUUCUUAUUGUGGGCGAGCUCUCGAAGGCCACUGAAAAGCUUGUCUUUCAUUUGUCUGGCAGUAAGAAAAAUGUGUUUGGUGAUAAGAUUCGUGUCGAGAGAAUAGCAAAGGCCAAGACAAUUGCCGCCGAAGCUCACAACCAUAUCUCCAUAUUCUAUGCCGAUCGAUUGAAGGAUCAUCAGUCGCAAUCAGAAAAGGCAGCUAAGAUUUUUGACAAGAUUUUGGGCCUACCAGAAAACGUCUCAAUUUGUCUGUCAUCGAUGAUCACUCACUUGUCUGACUAUGGUUUGGAACAUGUUUUCCAAUUGACUAAGUACUUUCAACCAUUUUCAGCGCGGUCACACAUGCUGCUCAAUGGAAAUACCUUGACAAGCCUCGAAAUCUAUCAGAAUCAGACUGAUCAUUCAACGAAGGGCAGCUUGUAUUGGAUGAUGGACCGCACUCAUACCAAAUUUGGGGGACGAUUACUUCGUAAAUGGGUUGGCCGCCCUUUACUGGACAGGCAGGCAAUUGAAGAACGACUCACUGCCAUUGAAGAAAUCCUUGAUCCAGGUACAGCUGUCCAUGUCGAGAAACUACGGCGCGUUCUUUCGAGGACAAAGACAGAUUUGGAGAAGAGCCUGAUCCGGAUCUAUUACGGUAAAUGUACAAGGCCAGAACUUCUAAAUGUGCUACAGUCUCUGCAAUCAUUGUCGACUGAAUUCGCCCACGUCAGUGAUGCAAGCUCUACAUGGUUCGAUUCCUGCUUGAUCUCAGAAGCGAUUGUUUCACUUCCAUCAAUCCUUCCCGAGGUCUUAAAUUAUCUGAACAAAAUAAACCUCCAAUCAGCAAAGGAAGACGACAAAUACAACUUCUUCCAGGAAGAAUUUGAAACCGACGACAUCACCGAACAUCGGUUGGGUAUCGCUAGUGUCGAAAACGAUCUCGAUGAAUUUCGUGCUACCGCCGCCGAUCGAUUGGGCAGGAAGGGUGCGAUGAAUUACACAACAGUUGCAGGCAUUGACUAUCUGAUCGAAGUCGAGAAUAAUUCGUCAACAAUCAAAAAGGUGCCAGCGUCGUGGGCAAAAAUAUCUGGGACCAAAAAAGUCUCCAGAUUCCAUCCGCCGGAGGUCGUCAAACUCAUUCGCGAGCGGGACCAACAUAAGGAAAGUCUUGCUGCCGCCUGUGAUUCGGCUUUCCAAGACUUGCUGUCCGACAUCAGUUCAAAAUAUCAAGUUUUCCGUGACACCAUACAAAGCCUUGCUACGCUUGAUUGCCUCCUUUCGCUGGCUAAUGUGGCGUCCCAACCAGGCUACAUCCGACCCACCUUCACGGAUGGUACUUGCGUCGAGAUCGAAGGGGCACGCCAUCCGAUGGUUGAACAAAUCCUCAUUGAUUCCUAUGUACCCAAUAAUAUCACCUUGUCCCAGUCCACAACACGCGGCCUACUUGUCACCGGACCCAACAUGGGCGGCAAGUCAUCCUAUGUCCGCUCCGUCGCCCUAAUUACUAUCAUGGCACAAAUCGGGUCCUUCGUACCAGCGACCUCGGCUACCUUGGGCAUUCUUGAUGCCGUCUUCACGCGUAUGGGCGCCUUUGACAACAUGAUGUCCGGCGAAAGCACGUUCAUGGUCGAACUGAGCGAGACUAGCGACAUCCUCAAACUCGCCACAGAUCGUAGUCUCGUCGUUCUCGAUGAGCUUGGUCGCGGGACGAGUACUCACGAUGGCGUUGCAAUUGCCGCUUCCGUCCUUGACUACCUCAUUCGCGAACGCAAGUGUCUCACACUCUUCAUCACACAUUACCAAAUGCUGUCGCGUAUGGCAAACGGGUUCCCUGGUGGUGAGUUGAAGAACGUGCAUAUGCGCUUCACUGAGGAGGAAGGCAGCGACAAUAUCACAUUCCUGUAUGAAGUGGGCUCGGGUGUCGCGCACCGCAGUUACGGUCUGAAUGUGGCGCGAUUGGCGAAUAUCAGCGAGAGUGUCAUUGAAGUCGCGAGGGAGAGGAGUGCCGAUUUGGAGCUUGAGACGAGAGUCAGACAAAUUGGAGCGCUGGCUGGAUGGUUAGGCCUGGACGAUGGACGUGAGAGUAAUGUGGAUAGACUGGAUGCACUGGUUGAAGGGAUCGAAAUGCUUUGA